AUGACGCUACGCUCUGGCCAUACCAUAAAAAAGGCCUGCUACUUUAAGAAUGAAACCACCAAAAGGACAUCCUCAGAAACAGGUAACAAGCACAAAAAACAACAUCUGGUCAUCUGUAACUGCCGAUCACCACCUGCACAAAGAUUGCCUCCACAGAAGAUAGUCUUGGAAACACACAGGGAGGAGAAACGUUCAACGGACAGAGUGACAGGACCCAGACCUGUGUUAAUACAACAUGCUUCUCUGAGCACAUUCGACGACCAGUUAAUCACUUUUGCUGAUGAGGGCGGGGUUUACACCAUCUAUGUUGAAGACCUGAGGAAAAAACAAAAGAAAAACAAGGUAGUACUCCUGUGUUAUGACUCUAAAAUCCCCGCAGGCGAAUCAGGGUAUGAGGCUGGUGCUGUGGAGUAUAUGGUAAACCUGAGUCUUUCAGCAAACAGAAACUUCUGUCUGCAUGCCGACAGCAAGCAGCUCUCCGUGGAUGUAAGAGAGUUCCCAGAACUCCAAAAGCCGGAACAGACCUUCUUUCUCCUUCGUAGGCCAUCCGCUAUUCAUUAUUCAUUUGAAUGCAAGAGCAAGCCUGGAACUUACCUAGGGGUCAGCGGCAACCACCUGGAGCUAAUUCCAACCUCGCUGGCGGAGGCGCCCACCCAGCUGCCGGGACACCCCGGACGUGUGGAACAGUUCACCUCCCGAGAAAUGAAUCCUUCCCACUUAGAAUCCGACUCCACCGGCCAAGAGUCUGCCCUCGCAGGCCUCUACUUCGACUAUGCCAGCCCUUAG